AAGUUGUCAAACAAUCGAAACUUUCCUCUGGUCAGAGGCUCAGAGCUGAUACACAGGAAAUGGCAUUAACGUUACCAGAAAGGGAGAAACGGUAAACCAUCUUGCCCGCUUCCCCGCUUAUGUAUAACGGGUAAAUGCCAUACAUCGUGACCAUAUCUUACGGCUAUUCUUCUUUCCUUUUGUUGGGCGAUGUUGGGCAUAGGGGCGAGAAUGGGAUCGAGCGGGGUGAAGAAGCGACUUUGGGCGUUUAUUUAAAGCAACGGAGACUGGCUUUUCCCUCCCUCCGUUCGGCAUAACUCUAUCAUAUCUCCGAUUUCCGCGAUCAUCUUUGCACUCAAAUCUUCUGAUCGGCCUCUUGGAUCUGCCAGUUAUUCGCCAACAAUAGCAAUUGCAGCAUCGUAAACAUGGCAGAUAAUCCACCCGCUAUAGAAGAGAAGAAAAGCACCCUCACCAUUACUGACGUCGAGCCGACCGAUGUCAGUGUGGUUGACGGCCAAGGCCGCCUAGUCUAUUCGGAGGCGGAGCGAAAACUCGUCCGAAAAUUAGACAUUCGGCUAAUGCCCAUCCUCUUUAUUGCUUAUUUCCUCAGUAUUGUUGAUCGUUCCAAUGUCUCAUAUGCCAAGAUUGCCAACGCCGAAAAGCGAAACAAUUUGCAAGCCACGGCAAACAUCAGCGAUGAGCAAUUUUCCGUUGCUCUGGCAGCAUUCUUUGUCGGUUACAUUGUUUUUGAAAUUCCAUCGAACCUCAUAAUGAAGAAAGUCGCGGCGCCCAUUUGGAUCGCUCGUAUCAUGGUCAGCUGGGGUAUCGUCACGACCUUCCAAGUCCUCAUAACCCAAUCAUGGCACUUCAUUCUUCUUCGCUUCCUUCUCGGCGUCUGCGAGGCUGGUUUCUUCCCUGGCGUUGUUUUGUACCUCACCUACUGGUAUCGCAAACAAGAAGCUGCGAAGCGAAUUGCAGGCUUUUACGUUGCAACUACCGUGGCCGGUGUUGUUGGAUCUGCUUGGGCAUACGGAGUUCAACAGAUGAACGGACGCCAUGGUUACUACGGCUGGCAAUGGUUGUUCCUCACAUCCGGUGUUCCAACCAUCGGCAUGGGGAUCCUCGUCUAUUUCAUUCUCCCUGCGACACCCGAAUCUGUCAAGAGCGGCGGCUGGUUGACGCCUGAGGAGAAAGAAUUGGCGUCGCAGCGUCUUCGCGUUGACGGCGUUGCUAAACACGAAGAGAAGUUCGAGAAAGGAGAGUUCAUUAAGGUCUUCAUUGACCCCAAAAACUGGCUGUUUAUUAUCAUGUACUUUGGAACGGUCAUGUGUGCCAACGCUCUUGGAUUGUUCUUGCCUACCAUCCUGUUCAUGCUGGGUUACACGUCUCUUGAUGCUACACGGAUGUCCAUCGCACCGUACGCUGCCGGCGCUGUGAUGACUAUGGGAGCGGCUUGGGUUUCUGACCGCACGCGCCAACGUGCAGCACCUCUUUUCGUCACCGCUCUUAUUGGAUGUGUUGGUUUCACCGUCCUGGCCACCACAGGCUUGACUGAUCGUGACGGAAAAUACGCCGGAUGUAUCAUCGCCGUGGCUGGUGUCUUUUCCGCCAUCCCAUUGGUUUUCUCCUGGCUCAGCAACAACCUGAAGACAAGUACCGGUGCGGCAACAGCUAUAGCACUCGUGUCAUCCAUUGGCAACUUGGGCAGUGUGGUAGCCUCCUACACUCAGUACAAGGACGAUAAGCCGCAGUACCACCGCAGUCAUACCGUGAAUGCCGUCGGAAUGGCGCUCACAGCAUUAGUGGCUGUCAUCCUCCGUGUUUGGUAUCAACGCCUCAAUGCCAGGCAACGAACCACCUUCCAAGAUACGGAGAGGGCCCAAGAAGGCAAGAAGCAGAUUGUGUACAUGCUCUAAGAAGCUUUCAGAGUAGGAUGCUGAUGGUGGUUAUUUCUGUAUAAUGAGUUGUUUCCGUAUGUAAAUAAAAAUUCUUGCAGCUCUAAGUAGCCAUCGCCA